CGCGCAUCCCGGCGAGAGGGUGAGGGCGCCCUGGAGCCCGCGCAGGCGCACAUCGCAACUCGCAACAGGACCGUGAGGGCGCCGGGGGGCGACAAUGGCGCGACCCGGUGGGUACGAGGCAGCUGAGCAGCAGCGGCAGCAGGUGCUAUCCCGGCAGCAGGAGCGGCACUACCGGCUGCUGGCCGAGCUGCAGGCGCUUGUCAAGGCACUACCCAGCGCCUGCCAGCAGCGCCUUUCGUACACGACGCUGUCCGAGCUGGCGCUGGCGCUGCUGGACGGGACUGUGUUCGAGAUCGUGCAGGGGCUGCUGGAGAUCCAGCACCUCACCGAGAAGAACCUGUACAGCCAGCGGCGGCAACUGCACAGCGAGCACCGCGGGCUGAAGCAGGAGUUGUUCCACCGGCACAAGGAGGCCCAGCAGUGCUGCAGGCCCCACAACCUGCCACUGCUCCGUGCAGCCCAGCAGCGUGAGAUGGAGGCUAUGGAGCAACAGAUCCGAGAGGAACAGCGAAUGAUGGAUGAGAARAUAGUCUUGGAAUUGGACCAAAAAGUAAUUGACCAGCAGAGCACCCUGGAGAAGGCCGGAGUGUCUGGCUUCUACAUCACCACCAACCCCCAGGAGCUGACUCUACAGAUGAAUUUGCUGGAGCUGAUUCGGAAGUUGCAGCAGAAGGAAGCUGAGGCUGAGAAGGCUUUUCCCUGAAAGAGCAAAUCUGCUGUUCACUUCCCAGAGUUUUUCCUCUGACUUUCCUCUAAAUGACAGACUGUCCAUGCAUUUGCUUUAUAUUGUGUCAGGAAGAMGCUAUGGGAGUAGGAGAAAUUGCUGAGGCACUUAGAUUAGAGCUGGGGCAGGCAGAGCCUGGCUCAGGGGUGGUUGGGAGCCUGGGGAUGGUUCUCUGGUCAUCGGAGCAGUGUCAKCUGCAUCUGCCUGAGCUGGGAGCUGAUGGAGCAUGGUCACCUGCCAGCAAUGUCCUGCAGCAGCACUGAGGCCAUCACUGAGCCUAGGCUGGGCUGAGCACUGAGGCAGCAAACUGAGCCCUGCUGUGUGAGGGUGAYCCUGGGUUUAGAUUAUAUAAUUGUGGGGGAAAGAGUUUCAGGGAUGCUUCUGUGUGUUCUUGAGGCAAAAACAACCACAUAGGCAGACCCUUCGCAGAAUCUCCUCCAGGCUGGUACCAGCAUUAGCUGUAUUAAAGGAGGAUUUAAGGCCUCAACCGAGUUACUGGGCUGGUGUUAGCAGUGUUCCCACUCACUUGGAAAGCAGAGAAGCCUCAAGAGCUUUUGUUUUGCCCUUUAAAACCAGUUUCCAAAUAAGGAGAAAUAAAAUACUGCCCACCUUUCUGGGGUUGCAGCUUUCUGAAUGCCAGUGGUUGUGUUUGUC